AUGCCUAUCAUCGACAAAGAUGUGCCUGAGGCUAUGUCGAUCCCUUCGGCCACCCUCCGCAAAUUCUCAGGAUCUCGAGUAGACCCCUACACGCGCUACGUUGCCUACAGGCUCUUCCGAGACCUGAAUAUAUCCAUUCAGGGUCAGAGAAACAUUAACAACGCGCUCAGCAAUCUUCCCGUCUAUGUGUCAGUGGCCCCGGGUGAGAAACUGUCCUUCGGCUGGGGUCUGUCCAACGUCAUUCGCGACCAGGCCGUGCACGAGGGCUCCUACGAGCAUCUUGCCAUGAUGAUUGCGUUGGGGGAGAGCUUUCACGAACCUUACGGUGCCAGAGUCCUCAUGGCACUGGCAAAUGCGGCGGCCGGCCCUGAGGAUGUGACACCGCAUUUCAAUCAAUGGACAGCUACUCUGCACGGUUGUAACGGCAUAUUCGCUACGUCGGACUUUGGAUUGCUGGUCGAGGACUAUCUUCAAAUCGACCCUUAUGCCACCGUCUACCCAGUGGCGCGCGUCAAGAGCAUUGAUGACGUCUUCCCGCCGAGCAUGAUCGCCGAAGCGCUGCGGGCGUUGAUGCGCGUCACAAAGGGAGAAGAGAAGCAUGUUGCGCUCGUGGGCAGUGCCAUCAUAUCGUGGUUCGCAGCAAUCGCAGAAUGGUUGUGCGACCUGCGGAUAGUCGUCUAUCAGAAGGAUGGAAAAGAACUCCGCGUCACUCACCCCGAUCAACAGCCCCAGGUUACUCUGGUGUUUGUGCCGGAAGCAGGCAUCAACGCGUCGUUCGAACCAUGGAAGCCAACCGAACCAGCUGUCCAAGACUCGUCCCUGAUCGACCGGACUUACUCAGCGACUCUCCACACCACGAGGUUCGGGGGUCGGGUUGCGUGGCAAUCAUUGCUUCCUCGGGUGUUUGGCAAGAGUUUCCACCAUCUCGACCAUGACGAAUCCAAGGCCUUCGGGACAAUGAUCGGCAGUGCAGCGCGCAUGUUCGAGGGUCUGGCGCAUGGCAAAGGACACGAGGAGCACGAUCAAUUGGUGUCGGUCCAAAACCAGAGCAACACCGCCUCGUACGGUGCCGGCCUCAUUGAAACAAUCACAAACUGGCUGCCAGAACUGCGCAGAUUCCAAGGUCGCAUGGAACGCUCAUUGAAACUGUCUCGUGAGGACGCCUCAGCCUCUUAUGUGGAGAACUUGACCAAGAUCAGGAGAGCGUGCCACUGCGGCAUUUGCACGUCCAAGGACGAGGUGGAAAAGGACAAGGAAGGAAUUCCCCCGGCCCACGGAUACUGUCUAGCGGCCUUGGUCGAGAUGGUCAUCUCGCUCGGUCUGGUCCUUGCCCGGAUGGCGGUGUCGGCUCGACUGUUUCCCACCAGAUCAGGCGUCUACAGUUUCUAUCAGAGUCAGGUGUCGAGGAGAAUGGAGGCUCGCGGGUUGCACUGGACGAUGCAUUUCAAGCUCGUGUACGGCAACGUGUGGAACGCCCCUGAUGCCGUGCGGCUGCAAAACUCGGUGCAAAUAUUCGCCGGGUCGAGGCCCGAGAAGGACCUGCCCGAGAACCUGGUCGCGCUCUCCCACGAAGGAUGUUGCGCGUACUUCAUGGACUUGGAAAAGAGAAUGAAGUCUUCGUCCGAUCGCCCCCAAGUCAGGCUGAUUCGAGUAGUUCCUGGGGGCAUCAAUGUGGGUGAGAAAGUGUUCGACCGGGCAUGUAUGGGACCUGUGGCGGAGGCUGACCCAGAUGACCCGUGGGAGGACAUCACAUAUGAGCACCUACCCGAGCCUUUAUUCUUCAAAUGA